AUGUUAGCGAGACGGUAUCUUGCGUGGAUAUUAGCUGUGGAGGCUGACCAAGAUGAGCAGCGACAGGAGCUCGUAAAGAGGCGAAAAUUAAAUGUGCCCAGCCGUAUCUCUGACACUCACUUUGUGCAGCGGUAUCAGCUAACCAAGGAGGGAUUUAUGUUUCUCUGUGAGACCUUAAGAGAAAAUACAAACCUUAGGGGUUCACAAAGAAUAUCAUUGGAGACUAAGCCGAUUCCGGCCACGGCGGCCAAUCUCAAUGAGAUUAGCCAACUGCGCAGGAGAUAUUAUAGUGCUCAAGUGUACGCGCAGACACAAGUGCACUCUCUAUUCCUAUCACUCUCAUACUCCGGUGGGACGACCACUCGACACGACCGG